GUCCCCAUUCGCAAUAGGAUACGCCACGUACAACAUAGCUUUGUGCGUUUACUACCCGUAGCCUUUUCUUGCCCAAUCAUUAUUUACAUUUGCACGGUCUCCCAGAGGGCCUGCAUGGACGACCUCUGUCCAUGCCAGGCAGGCAAGAGACUUCAUACCAGUUCAAGUAACUGAGGCUACCGCAUUAACAGUUCGUGUUUAGUGGUCUGCGUCUAAGUCGCGAAGGACGGGACCUUCCGCCUAGUUCCGUAAUUACACUGUCGCUAGCGUUGGCUUGCACGCGCAUCGGCGUCUAUAACAUUAACCCACUAGCAUACGACCAUCGAUGUCAAUGGCUAACCUGCGCCAGCAGGCGAUGCUGGCUAUCGUAAUCUUGGCAGCAGCGGCAUUCCCGCUGUCAAUGCAGGCUGCCAGUCCCUUCCCCUCUCCGCCUCAGCCGCCUACACCGGCGUCGGCGCUGCAGUAUCCCCGCUGCAUAGGCGUGGGGGACCGCGAGGUCGAUUGGUGGGUAAUCCUCAAGUUCCCAUCCGGCGAGAAUGCAGCCUACAUGGACAGCGACUCACCUCCGCUGACAGGAAACGCCUGUUGGCGAAGCGGUAUCAACGUUAACGACCCUGCUGGACCUCUACGGCGUACGUUAGCAGCCAUAUCAGCUAACAUUAAUGCAACCAAUAGCAAUGUGACCAGCGGCAGCACGAUGAACAACUCAACCGGAUUCGCGUUCUACAAUGAUGCAGAUCCAGAGGGUGAUGAACAUUACACCUUCGCACAUGCUAAAGGAGCGCUUGUCUUUGAAUCUGAAGGUGGCUUUUGGAUCACCCACAGCUUCCCAAGGUACCCAGGCCGACCCAGCAACGCCACAGACUGGGAUGUCGUACAAAAAUCGCAAACGGUAUACGGACAACACGCCCUUUGCCUAACGAUGCCAAGAGUCCAGCUCCUGGCAGUUGCAGAAUCGUUGGUGGUAGCACGUGUCUUCGCGUACGAAUAUAACAUGCCUGGAGAUUUGCUUGCAAAGUACGGCGCCGUACAACGGUUAAUCGACCAAGCUUCAGGGGUUGCCAAGCGCUUGCUAAUUACCGGACAAGAUGAGGACCCAGAAAGCUUGCUUGGAGACGCAACUGGUGACAGCGACAGGCACCAACAGCAGCAGCAACGGCAACGGCUGUCUGCACUCGCGCAACACCCGAGGCAGCUAUUGAAGGUCGCAGCAACACAGUCAAAACCACCGUCACCGCGGCCGUCACCACCGCCGUUCCCUAAACCGCCGCCCCCACGGCCGUCGCCGAAACCCCCUACAGUAACUCAGUCGGCCCCAUCACCCAAACCACCACCACCGCGGUCUUCACCGCCGCCACCGUCACCCUCCCCACCACCGCCACGGCCACCCCCAGCUUCACCUUCCCCACCACCGCUGCCGCCGCCUCCUCCACCGCCGCGGCCCUCUCCACCACCGCCACGGCCCCCACCACCACCGCCUCCGUCACCUUCUCCACCCCCUCCACGGCCCCCACCACCGCCGCCGCUGCCACCUUCUCCACCCCCGCCACAGCCCCCACCACCGCCGCCUCUGCCUCCUUCUCCACCACCGCCACGGCCCCCAUCACCGCCGCCUCCGUCACCUUCUCCACCCCCGCCACGGCCCCCCCCACCGCCGCCUCUGCCACCUUCUCCACCACCGCCACAGCCCCCACCACCGCCGCCUCUGCCUCCUUCUCCACCACCGCCACGGCCCCCAUCACCGCCGCCUCCGUCACCUUUCCCGCCGCCCCCGCCGCCUUCUCUGCCCCCUCCGCUCCCUUCCCCGCCGCCGCCGCUCCCACCGCCGCCGCGGCCAUCGCCUCCUCCUCCGUUGGCACGACCACCACCCCCGUCCAUCUCUCCUCCUCCGCCGCCGCCGCCGCUGCCGUCACCUUCCCCGCCGCCGUCGAAGCCACAGAACACAUCCUCUCGCUCGCUGCUGACCGCUGGCGGCAGCGCCUGGCUGCAUGUGACCAAGUCGCCGCAGUACGUGGUGCCAUUCCACGAGCAGGUGCUGGAGCCCCUUCUAGGCGCCUCCAUGGCUUGGGAGACCUGGCGCAACGGAGCCGUGUCGUACCCCUCGCAGUGCCCCCCAACCACCCCGUACGGCACCUACAACAUACAGGACAUCAACCUGCCGUUCUGUACUGAUGACGGCAACGUCCCCCCUGCUGCUGCUGCUCUCGGAGCUUCCGUCGUCGUAACGGCGGUGUCAAAGGCGGCUACCGGUGCGUCCACCACUGCCAACAGCGUAGCGAGGUUACUGGGCGGCGGCAGCAGCCCGGAGGCAAGCAGCAGCAGUGGCGCUGCUGCGGCUGCUUUGUCAGCAAGACGGGCCCUGGCAGCGGUUGCUUCGCCACCCAAGCCGCCGUCACCGCCCAAGCCGCCUUCUCCUCCUCGUCCCUCUCCGCCUCCUCGGCCGUCCCCACCCCCUCGGCCCUUCCCGCCUCCUCCACCGACUAGCGCCACUUGGGAUUCCCUUCGGGACCACAGCAAGUGGGGUGUGAGCAUUCUUGCCAACAUCACGGCAGGUACCUCAGGCGGCGUCCCCUCCACAUCAUCAUUACCGCCGCCGUCACUGCAACAGCAGCAGCCGCCGACGGUUGUAUGCCUGGGAGAUCUCAACCGACAACCGAGCCAACGGUAUCGAGGUGGAGGCUUCGUUUGCUCACGUGAUGCUCGGCUCUGGGCGAUGUUUACGGCCCUGAUUGCGGAUAUGGAGCCCUGCAAUGGCACUGAUACGACAGCAGUGUAAGACCGAGAACAGGUGGAUAGUCCCAAACGGAAUUGUAGGCAGUAGUGUAAAGCUAGACGUUUGUGGGAUUGUUUUUGUGGGAACGCAGCAGCUAACAGACUGGGAUACGUGCGGAUCGAAAGGCGAGGGCCCAGCAGGGUCGUGCAGUUGAAUACCGGUAUGCGGGAAGCAGUAGCUUUCAGGGCAAAGGAACAGCUUAAGAAUGGUCAUGGUUACCAGUUGGUUACUCCGCAGGUUAUACUGUUGCUACCUGUCUGGUAGCUUCGGCGUUGCUGUUGUUGUUUUCGUUCUGUCGCAUGCAUGGUGAGGUUGAGGUUCAGGUUUGACGACUGGGCUGCUGCUGUUCUCUCCGAGGCCAAUUGCCUAAGGUUUACAGCUCAUUACACUACAGGGGGAAACACUACCGAGGGAACAAGGUAGGGGCUGCACAUGUUCUGGUCAGGCAGUGGCGGUGUGUCCUGAUCAGGCUUUGAGGGCUUACUUGGGCCACGUGUGCGUACAUCCUAUUUAUCACAACUUCAAACAACUGGUAGCCGUUCCACCCCCAGUGUUGCGUGGCCUGCCCUGCUCGUCUUGUAACCGCUGUAUCGUUCGCUCCGUGCCUGCAAUAUCCGGAUCUGAUUUAGUGAUGGCGUGUGGCAGGUAGUGCGGGUGUCCGCAGUGCUGCAGUGGAUGUCAGCAGCGUGCGAGCGCGCUUACAUUUGUACUAUGCUUGAGCGGGGUAUGCGACUGCGAGCGGUGUUACUGGUAGACGUCAUCAUAGCAGCUCGAACGAAUAUGCCGUAUCACGUAUUACGUCAGUUUAUCCUCGGAAGAGGCAUAUUAUCAUCGCACGUUGCUAUAUACACCAAUCAAUGGUUCAAGGUACCGUACUACAACAUGGGGUACGCUUCAUUAACGAAUGGGACAGUCCAUUAGGCUAUGUGUGACAGGGCGGAAAGGUUCUGUUUUGCCAGGCCUGUUUGUUCCGCAUGUGGUGCUUUGCUUGUGGGGUAUGACACUUUAGAUGAUGCUAAUUAAACGUCUGCCGUUUACCUAUCGUACACUGCAAUUACUGCUGACGGACGGAUUGUCCGGCCUGCUAAAACCCGUCAAGGUGA